UUAACGCAACACAGCAAAACACUUAAUCACUACUACUAGUGUUUCUGUUUGGUCUUCUUCUAAAAGUCUCAAACUCCCUUUUUAUUGCCGAGUCCAUUGCCCCGUCUCAAAGACUUGUUUCAUUUCUCCUCCUCUUUCUCUACAAACAGUUCUUGAUUUAUGGCCAAAGGCAGUAGUGGACUCUCUCUUAAUUCAGAUCCUUUUGCUGGUAACAAUAACUUCUUUCUUCAUCACCCAACUGUGCUUAAUUCUUUCCCUGAAGAUCACCAUCACCGUCAUCACAACAAGUGGAAACUCACUUCUCUCAUGGAUGCCAAGAGGUCUCCUCCUUCAACUAUUCAGUUCCCUGUCUGUCUUAAUUCUUCUGACUAUCAAGAGCCUUCCCAACUGUCUGAUGAUAAAAGAACGGUCAUUGAUGAGAUGGACUUUUUUGCCGACAAAAAACAUGAUGUCAAGACCAUUGCCAUGGCCACCACCAAUAUUAAUAAUCACCAUGGUGAAAAAGAUAAUUGUAAUGAACCCAACGGAUUGGAACUUAAUGUAAAUACCGGUUUGAAUCUUCUCACUACUAGUGAUCAGUCCAUGGUGGAUGAUGGGAUAUCUUCAAAUAUGGAAGAUAGAAGAGCUAAAAGUGAGUACGCUGUUGCUCAAGCUGAACUUGAACGGUUGAACGCGGAGAAUCAACGCUUAAGAGACAUGUUAAACCAGGUUACAAGCAAUUACAGUAUUCUGCAGAUGCAUUUGAUUACACUUACCCAACAACAAGAUAAAAAAUCUGACAACAAUGAAGAACAAGGGGAGGAAAAGAAGCAAAUUGGAGGUUUUUUAGCGCCAAGGCAAUUCAUGGAUCUUGGUUUGGCUACUAAUACAGCAGAUAACGAUGAGCCUUCGCAGUCUUCGUCGGAAGGAAGGAGUGGUGAGCGUGCGGGGUCUGGAAAUAAUGAAGAGAAUGGUGUUUCAUUUGAUCAAGAUAAUAAACAACUUGUUAGAAGAGAUGAUAGCCUAGAUCAAGGUUAUGGGGCUAAUAAGGUUCCUAAAUUUAAUCCUUCCUCAAAAAAUGUUGAUCAAACUGAGGCUACCAUGAGGAAGGCACGUGUAUCUGUUAGAGCUAGAUCGGAGGCUCCCAUGAUCAAUGAUGGGUGUCAAUGGAGAAAGUAUGGACAAAAGAUGGCGAAGGGAAAUCCCUGUCCUCGAGCAUAUUAUCGAUGCACCAUGGCAGCUGGUUGCCCAGUUAGAAAACAGGUACAAAGAUGUGCUGAUGAUCGAGCAAUUUUGAUCACUACAUAUGAAGGCAAUCACAACCAUCCCUUGCCACCAGCUGCAAUGGCUAUGGCAUCAACUACAUCAUCAGCAGCACGACUGCUACUAUCGGGUUCAAUGUCAAGUGCUGAUGGAAUAAUGGACCCAAAUAUUUUGGCAAGAACUCUUUUCCCAUGCUCCUCUACCAUGGCCACAAUAUCAGCUUCAGCCCCUUUUCCUACUGUGACAUUAGACCUUACACAAACUCCCAAUCCCUUGCAGCUCCAAAGGUCACCAAACCAAAUUAAUAUUCCAUUUCCAAACUCACCUCAGAAUUUUGCCAAUGCUCCAGUUGCUUCAUUGUUGCCUCAAAUAUUUGGGCAGGCACUUUAUAACCAAUCAAAAUUUUCUGGCCUACAAAUGUCUCAAGAUAUGGACCCUUCUCAAUUGGGUCAUCAAUCAAAAUUGCAACCACCAGCAUUGCACCAAGGCCAACCAAACUCAUCGCUUACUGAUACUGUAACUGCCGCCACCGCGGCCAUUGCAGCUGAUCCCAACUUCACUGCUGCUGUAGCUGCAGCUAUCACAUCUAUCAUUAAUGGAGGUGCUCACCCAAACAACAUUAUCAACAAUAAUUCAAUCCCCGCAACAACCACCACAAAUAGCAAUGCCAAUUUUACUCCUAGCAACAGCAAUAGUAAUGGCAAGUUUUCAAGUGAAUUGAAGUAAAUUAAGUUGCUCUUGACUCUUUAUGAUUUCUUUUUCUUUUUUCAUUUUUGAUUUUUGAUUUUUUUUUUUUUCCUUUCUUUGGAUGGAAGAAACAUAAAUUAUAUAUACACGUUCAAGUUCUUUGGUUUUA